CAAAGUAGGAGCAACAGUUACAUGAUAAGCACAGGAAAAGAAAAGAAGAAAAAGGAGACCUCAGUUUUUAACUUAUCACAGAGGUAUGUGCAGGGCACAUGGCGGCAGAAAGCCAUGGUGACUCUUAUAGACUACCCAGCUCCUAUGGAGCUGUUUUCAAAAGCUGGAGAGCUGAGAAUGCCAUUUUCUGAUGUGGUCAAAUACGGCAUUCUGGGCAUCUCCAUCACUCUCCUACUGCUGGCUCUGGGCAUCUUAGCCUGGCAGAUCUACAGAUUCUGCACAGAGAAAUACACCCAUACAUACACCCAGCAAGAUGCAGGGCAUAAUGAUUUGCUGUAUUCAGACGAAGGGCCAACGACAACAGGAAACUACUCAGGAGCUCCAAGUACCAAACUGGAGGAUGUCAGCACAGAGGCCCACAGACUGAGUCGCUGCCUGUCCCAGCCCUCGUUUCCCUCCUUAGCAUCCACCGAGGAAGCUGGAGACAAAGAAGAGCAGGCGACUAUUCAAAAGGUGGAGGGAUCGAUACGGUUCUCCGUCUAUUAUGACCAGAUGCAGUCACGUCUGGUGGUCACCGUGUUGCAGGUGGAGGGCCUUUUGGAGCACAGUGAGAGCCGAACCCUCCAACCAUUUGUUAAAAUACUGCUGAUGUGGGCUGGAUCAGAGGCUGUAGAAGUCGAGGGCUUUAAAGAUGAAGAGGGUGAAGGCUUGUCGCCUGUUCUGAGGACAGUGCUGCAGGAGUGGCGUACUCGCAUUGUGAAAGGCAGCUGUAACCCUUUAUUUGGAGACCAGUUCAGCUGUGUUUUACAAGAGGAUAAGCUUCAUCACAUCAACCUAAGGAUGGAGGUGAGGGACUUUGAUAAAUUCUCCAGAAACACAGUGUUAGGAGAUGUGAGGGUUCCUUUAGGACAGCUCAACAUCUCCUACCCUCUGGAACUACAAGAGGAUCUGAAGAUACCCCAGAAGGAUCUUGUUGGAGAGGUGCUUUUGUCACUGAAAUUUCUUCCCACGUCUCAGAGGCUGGAGGUUGGCCUGCUAAAGGUCAAAACUGUCCUUUCUGAGAUAUCCCCAAAUGCAGCUCUGUAUGCGAGGAUCAGCGUCCAGUGCAAUCAGUGCAAGCUGAAGUACCAGAAAAGCUCUACAGUGGCUCGGUGCCUGGUGACCGUUUUCAAUGAGGUCCUCUUGUUCUCCUUGCCAGAGGUUCAUCUGGAGCGGUGUAAAAUUUUGGUCUCUAUAUAUGAAACUCGCCCAACAAGCAAAUCAGCCAAACAACUGAUCGGACAGCUGAGUGUGGGGAAGGAGAAGAGUUCAGAAGACGAGCACUGGACUUUGAUGAUGCGCUCAGUCCGCCAGCCAGUAGCAAAGUGGCAUGGCCUACUGAUCUGAAUCACAGCAGAACCAACGCUAUCAUCAUGAAUGGCUGUAUUUGUUUGUUUUUGCCUGAAAGCAUGUGUAUCAGACUGUUCAGGUAUCUGCACUUGCUGAGGUAAAGACCAGACAUGGUUGUCUUCCUGAUCUCACAGUGACAGAAAACUUUAUUACUCUCAGUACUUACUGCUACUCAGCGGUAAACAUGUGAUGCUCUUCUUACAGUUACAGUUUGUAACAAUGCUUAACUUUCUCAAUGCCACACUAACAUUACUCUCCUUACUCAGUUUAUGAGAGGCAUUAUCUGCGAACUGUUGGUUUAAAUGUUUAUUUUGGUUACUAAAGCAGAAACUGUACUUGUUGCUAUCCACAUGUAAUUAGCAUGUACCUAAAUCAGUACGAGAGGACUCGAAAAAUAAUGAAUGCCACAGUUAGGAUGAUUAGUUGCUUUUUAUUUUUUAUACAAUGUGUAUCUUUUAAUCCACAAUUUAUUCUAUGAAAUGUAAUAUAUGAGACAUUAAAUUCACAAGAUAGAAUGCAGUUGUUUAAAACUUCCUAUGAAUCCUUAAUAAAUUCCAUAUUUUGCUAUA